CUCAGGAUUGGCACAAGAAGCAUUUUUUAUUAGGGUCCAUGCUGUAUUUUCCAUCUGUUUCGUCAAGGAUCCCUGUGAUGAUGAUGAUGGGUCUCUCUGAAAUUCUCUCUGUCCUUUUUCUACUUCAUUGCACAGAACCCUUGAGAACUUAUUGAUGCUCUGAAAGAUAACCCCAGAAGAGUACGAAGAGACAUACGCAGUCUACACAGGCCUGUAAGAAUGCUGAAAGUUACCUCUCCAAAGGUACAUGACACCAAAGCAAGGAAAAGCAAUAGAAGGCAGCCCCAAAAUGAAGAACCAGGUAUCCUUACAGGAAUACAGUGAACCACAAAGGGCUGUGUGAAAAUGCAUUUGCUGCAAGCAGGAACAUCAGGAAUAAUGGCAACUACCAUGGAAAGAUGAAAUACAUAUGAUGCUGUAAAAACCAGGAGAGCCUAAGGGCAUUUUGCUCUUGCCAUUCCUGAGGAGUUCAUUGCCUACAGAUUAUGGAGCAGUGGGAUCGCUUUCACAAUCAACAGGAGGAGACUGAUAGCUGCUCUGAAUCUGUGAAAUUUGAUGCUCGCUCAAUGACAGCUUUGCUUCCUCCGAAUCCUAAAAUCAGCGCUUCCCUUCAAGAGAAACUGAAGUCCUUCAAAGCUGCGCUGAUUGUCCUUUACCUCCUUGUGUUUGCAGUUCUCAUCCCUCUCACUGGAAUAGUGGCAGCUCAACUCCUGAAGUGGGAAACGAAGAAUUGCUCAGUUGGUUCAACUCAUGCAAAUGAUAUAACUCAAAGUCUGACGGGAAAAGGAAAUGACAGUGAAGAGGAAAUGAGAUUUCAAGAAGUCUUUAUGGAACAUAUGAGCAACAUGGAGAAGAGAAUCCAGCAUAUUUCAGGCAUGGAAGCCAACCUCAUAGACACAGAGCAUUUCCAAAAUUUCAGCAUGACAGCUGAUCAAAGAUUUAAUGGCAUUCUUCUCCAGCUAAGUACCUUGUUUUCCUCAGUCCAGGGACAUGGGAAUGCAAUAGAUGAAAUCUCCAAGUCCUUAAUAAGUUUGAAUACCACACUGCUUGAUUUGCAGCUCAACAUAGAAAAUCUGAAUGGCAAAAUCCAAGAGAAUACCUUCAAACAACAAGAGGAAAUCAGUAAAUUAGAGGAGCGUGUUUACAAUGUAUCAGCAGAAAUUAUGGCUAUGAAAGAAGAACAAGUGCAUUUGGAACAGGAAAUAAAAGGAGAAGUGAAAGUACUGAAUAACAUCACUAAUGAUCUCAGACUGAAAGAUUGGGAACAUUCUCAGACCUUAAGAAAUAUCACUUUAAUUCAAGGUCCUCCUGGACCCCCAGGUGAAAAAGGAGAUCGAGGUCCCACUGGAGAAAGUGGUCCACGAGGAUUUCCAGGUCCAAUAGGUCCUCCAGGUCUUAAAGGUGAUCGGGGAGCAAUUGGUUUUCCUGGAAGUCGAGGACUCCCAGGAUAUGCCGGAAGGCCAGGAAAUUCUGGACCAAAAGGCCAGAAAGGGGAAAAGGGGAGUGGAAACACAUUAACUCCAUUUCAGAAAGUUCGACUGGUCGGUGGGAGCGGCCCUCACGAGGGGAGAGUGGAGAUACUCCACAGCGGCCAGUGGGGUACAAUUUGUGAUGAUCGCUGGGAAGUGCGUGUUGGACAGGUCGUCUGUAGGAGCUUGGGAUACCCAGGUGUUCAAGCCGUGCACAAGGCAGCUCAUUUUGGACAAGGUACUGGUCCAAUAUGGCUGAAUGAAGUGUUUUGUUUUGGGAGAGAAUCAUCUAUUGAAGAAUGUAAAAUUCGGAAAUGGGGGACAAGAGCCUGUUCACAUUCUGAAGAUGCUGGAGUCACUUGCACUUUAUAAUGCAUCAUAUUUUCAUUCACAACUACGAAAUCGCUGCUCAAAAAUGAUUUUAUUACCUUGUUCCUAUAAAAUCCAUUUAAUCAAUAUUUAAGAGAUUAAGAAUAUCGCCCAAAUAAUAUUUUAAAUUACAGGAUUAAUAUAUUGAACACAUUCAUACUUACCAUUUUGUCUAUAUUUAAAUCAUUUUAACUUCUAUAGGUUUUUAAAUGGAAUUUUCUAAUAUAAGGACAUGUUGAAUUGAACAUACUGAAGUUUAUAGCUUCCAGAUUACAAAGGCCAAGGGUAAUAGAAAUGCAUACCAGUAAUUGGCUCCAAUUCAUAAUGUGUUCACCAGGAGAUUACAAUUUUUUGCUCUUCUUGUCUUUGUAAUCUAUUUAGUUGAUUUUAAUUACUUUCUGAAUAAUGGAAGGGAUCAGAAGAUAUCUUUUGAGCCUAGAUUGCGAACUCUCAAAUCCACACAUAUUAUUUUAAAAGAAGAAUGUUAUCCAACUAUUAAGAUAUCUCAAUGUGCAAUAACUUGUGUAUUAGAUAUCAAUGUUAAUGAUAUGUCUUGGCCAUGAUGGACUAGGGAGCUCAUUUUUCUUGUCUUGUACUGACAACUGUUUAAUUGAAUCAUGAAGUAAAUUGAAAGCAGGACAUAUGAGAAAACUGACCAUCAUUAUAUUUGUCCAGAUAAUUGGUGGAUCAAAAAUGCCACUUAACAGGAAGCUUAGUUUGUUAUGCGUUUUAAAUGGAAUAAUUAGCUUGUUACAAUUCUAGGACAUGGUGUUUAAAAUCUGAAUCUAAUUAAUCCAUUUUAACAAACAGAAUGCAAACAUCUUCAGUGCAGAAGGAAGAGAGGUUGCAACUUUUUGGAGUCUUUUAUGAAGUCAGUCAACAUUUACAAGCGGCGGGGGGAGGGGGAACAUCUUUAGUCCUAAAGGGACAAUAACUCUCAGCAUGUCGCAAAAAAGUAGCUUAGCAACUUUUUGUUGGUAGUCAACCCAUCCCCAGGGCCACAGUGUAGAGUGUGAAAAGCUACCCUGAAACCCAGUAAUUCUACCCGGAAAGUGACUGCAGAAAGGCCAGUAGUUGAUAUUAAAGCCCAAAUGAAUUCAACCUCAGCCCUGAAAAUAGCAGAAUUCUCAAGUUUCCUAUGACCAAUUCACAAAAAAAAAUGUAAUUGUAAACUAGUACUAUUAUGGAAUUACUCUACUGUUCUUUCUUUAAUAGUGGCAAAUGAAAGCAUAAACUUAAGCACUUUUUCGUAUUCUGAAGUCUCACCACACAUAAUAACCAAGUGGUAGACUCACAACCAUCCAACUUAAAAAGGCAAAACCUUACCUUGGAAUUGGAAUUACUGUAAACAGCCUACUGAAAAUGCAUUUUUAUCAUGUAACAUUCUUCUCCUUGUUUAACAUUGCUGAUUUUCUCUGACAGCAUAAUUUUGUGGUUAAGAGAAUGAAUUCUGAAUGUACACUUUCUGUCUCAAACCCUGGCUGUACCUUCAGCUAGUUAAUAAUUCUUUGUGUUCAGUUCCACUAUCUAGGUAUUUUCUUCAAAAGGUAAAUACAAUGGUUUCUGAAAGAA